AUGGCUACGGUUAAUAAUUACUCGGAGACUCAGGGUUACCAAGGCAACACACCCGUGCCCACACCUACCAUGGUGACCUCAAAGCAACCUGCCCCUGUCGCUAAGAGCGUCGACACCCAAUCUGUUCUGAAAAGGCUACAGUCAGAACUGAUGGCCCUAAUGAUGAGUGGGGAUACUGGUAUAUCUGCUUUUCCUGAGGAAGACAACAUAUUCUGCUGGAAGGGUACAAUCUGUGGGAGCAAAGAUACUGUUUUUGAAGGAACAGAUUACAAACUCUUACUCUCAUUUCCAACUGAUUACCCCUUCAAACCUCCCAAGGUCAAAUUUGAAACAAGCUGCUUCCACCCUAAUGUGGAUGUUUAUGGAAAUAUUUGCUUGGACAUCCUUCAGGAUAAAUGGUCAUCAGCAUAUGAUGUGAGAACCAUUUUAAUCUCUAUCCAGAGUUUGCUUGGAGAACCGAACAUAAGCUCACCUCUAAAUACUCAAGCAGCAGAACUAUGGAGUAAUCAAGAAGGUUUGUAUAAACAAUGAGUACAGGAAAAUGGUGGAGAAGUCUUACAAAGCUUCUACUUAGAAUUUAAAGCAUACCCUUCUUAAAAGGGAGAAGAUGAAAAGGAGUUUCUGUUUUUUAUUUAGACUUUACUGUGUUUCAUUCUUUUGUUUCUCAAUAAAUCUUCAGCUGGAGAUUUAAAAAUAGCCUUUGUGAGUUGGAAUUCCAUAAGCUUACAAAUUUCAGAUUUUUUUUUACAGCAUUUAUAAAUGUAACAGAACCUUUGUGAGUUGGAAUUCCACAAGCCUAUAAAUUUCAUAAUUUUUUCACACCAUUGAUUCAAUAUAACAUUUCAGCAUUGGAAUUUUCU